AUGGAGCUGAAAUUCCAACAGAAACCACCAGUGUUUGAAGGUUCAACUGACCCCCUCGUAGUUGACAAGUGGAAGGAAGAUAUAGAUAAGAUCUUUGUGGCUAUGAGGUGUACACAAGUGCAGAGGCAACAACUAGCUGUUUUUCAAUUAUCUGGUGAAGCAAGGAAGUGGUGGAACAAUGCAUCAAUAGGCUUGAAUCUGGAUACUCUGACAUACAUUCAAUUUUGUGAACGCCUCGAUGCGAGGUAUUUUCCAGCGACUGUCAGAGAUAAAAAGAUUAAUGAGUUUGCUGAAGUGGCACAGAGUAGAGGUGAAUUAGUGGAUGAUUACCUUGAUUGGUACAUUAGGUUAUCUCGGUUUGUUAUGUUUAUGAUACCGGAUGAAGAAAAAUAUGCUAGGAAAUUUGAAUGGGGUCUUGGCGACCAUAUUCGUAGCAAAGUUGUUAGUCAUUGUUUUCCAACAUUCCAGCAAGUUGUUGAGAGUGCUAGAGCUACUGAAGCUGAUUGGUUAAGGCAUAAGAAGAACAAGGAGGAUAUGCAAAAGGCAACAAGUAAUGGUAAGCAGAAGAGUAGUUACCAACAUCAAGGUGACCGAAACAAUUCAAAUGGUUGGAAAAAGCAAAGGACCGACAACUACAAGGACCAGGAUAAGAAAGCAGGGGAUGCAAAACCAUUUCCUUUUCGUUGUUAUAUUUGUAAGGAACCUGGACACAAGAAGGAGAACUGUCCUAAGCCGAUUCAACAACCAUUUAGAAUGUCAGGUGACAAUGGGAAAAACAAGAACAAUCCUACACAAGGCAGAUUCCAUGCACUAGUUCCUCGUCAGGAUCAAGUAGCUGACGGAGUGGUGGAAGGUAUGUUUCUCAUCCACAAUAAGCUUGGAAAAGUUUUAUUUGAUUCUGGCGCGACUCAUUCAUUUGUUGCUAAUGCUUUUGUGUGUGAUUGUCUAUUGAACCUGUGCUUUGCGAGAAAAAUUUAUCUAUGA